GCUCCUCAAAGGCAGGACCUGGGUCUGCCCCAUCUCUCUGUCCCCAGCAAUGCUGGGCAUGAGUCAGCCUCAGAAGACAUCUGCUAAAUGGCUGCAAACCAGAGGAAAUAUCUCCAGCCUCAGGCUGGGACACCUGCCCUCUCCUCCCACCUGACUUCAUACCACUCACCCUGCAGAGUCUUCAAUGCCCACUGUGACUUCACACAGUUGGCCUGUGACAGGCAAUCAGGUCAUCGUCCACGGCUACCAGGUGUUUCAUGUCUACUGUGACUUCCAGGACCACAAGCCCUUUUGCGCCCACCAUGUCUUCACCUAAGAGAUCUUCAAAGCCCAGUAUGUCCCCGGCACCCAGUGGAUCCUCCAUGCCCACUGCGGAUCCCAAGCCUCCUGCCUCCUUGAAGUCCACCAAAUCAGCAACGCCCAACAGAUCUUUAGUGCCCACCAAGCCAGCGACAUCCCCCAACUUGGUCGUGAGCCCAAGCAGUUCCAAGUCCACCAAAUCGACCAGUACAAAAAGGGCCCCUUCUAACCUGCCCAGCAGCAGGUCCCGAGUCCGCAGCAAGGCAAGAACACCCAGCAGGGUGAGCACCGACACCAGGACCAGCAAAGCCAGCAAAGCCAGCAAGGCCAGCGGAGUGAGAUGCCACCAGCGGAGGGGCACACACAGCCGGGGUAGGACACCUGGCAGAAGGGGAAGCCGCAGCUCCAAGAGGUCACCCAGCAGGGCUAGCACUCCUGGCAGGAUAAGAACUCAUGGUGCCAGACCAGGCAUGGCCAGCAGGGUGAGAACUCCCACUUCACAGCAAAAACGGAGCCGGGGAAAGAGUUACGGCCGGCCUAGAACCAGCAACAGGGAAAGAAGUGACAGCCAGCCUAGAAAUAUGAGCAAGAAGAGUUACCGCCCACCAGGAGGCUCAGGUAUGGGGAGGAGUUCCGAGCUGGCUGUAACUCCCAGUAGAGCCAAGUGUCAAACCCUGACUGGAAUUCCCUCCAAGGAGAAGAGUGACAGCCCAUCUCCAUCGUCAUCAAGGAAGGUGAAGAGCUACGGUCAGAUGAUCAUCCCCAGUAGGGAAAAGAGUUACAGCCCCACUGAAACGUCCAGCAGGGUCAAGAGUUAUAACCAGGCCAGUACCCACAGCAGGCCGCAAAGUCACAGUCAAUCUAGAAGCCCCAGAAGGUCAAGAAGUGGCAGUCAGAAGAGGACACACAGCAGGACGAGAAGACACAGUUGGAAGAGAAACCACAGCAGGGCAAGAAGUCGCACCCGGAAGGGAAUUCUGAGCCAGACGGGAAGACAUAGCCAGUCUAGAACCCACAGCAAGGGGAAAAGUCAAAACCAACCUAGAACCCCCAGAAGAGGAAGAAGUCACAACUGGUCUAGAAACCCCAGCAAGAAAAGAAGUCAUAGCCAUUCUAGAAGCUUCAGCAAAGACAGAGAUCGCAGAGGAUCUAGCAGCCCCAGGAAGGAGAACGGUCACAGUCAAUCUGGAAGCCCCAACAAGCAAAGAGAUCGCAGCCCAUCUAGAAGUCCCAAGGAGAGAGAUCGCAGCCGAUCUAGAAGUCCCAACAAGGCGAGAGAUCAUAGCCGAUCCAGAAGCCCCAGCAAGGAGAGAGAUCACAGCCGACCUGGAAGCCCCAGCAAAGAGAGAGAUCGCAGCCGAUCUAGAAGCCCCAGCAAGGAGAGAGAGCGCAGACAAUCUAGAAGCCCCAGCAAGAGAGAUCACCAGAGCGAUCUCGGCGGCCCCAGCAAGGAGAAACAUCACAACCGACUUGGAAGCCUCAACAAGGAGAGAUACAGCCAAUCUAGAAGCCCCCUUCAGAGAAGAGCACACACACAAUCCGAAGCCCCAGCAAAGAGAGAUCACAGACGAUGGAGAAGCCCCAGCAAGGAGAGAAACACAGAACAAUCUAGAACCCCAGCGGGGAAGAAAGAACACAGACAAUCCAGAAGCCCCCAGCAAAGAGAAGAUCACAGACAAUGGAAAGCCCCAGCAAGAGAGCGCAGACAAUCUAGAAGCCCCAGCGAAGAGCGCAGACAAUCUAGAAGCCCCAGCGAGGAGAGAGAUCACAGCCGAUCUAGAAGCCCCAGUAGGCAGAGUGGUUACAGACAACCUAGAGCCUCCAGCAAGGAGAAAGCUCACAGCCGAUCUAGAACCCCCAGCAAGGAAGGAAAUCAUAGCCAAUCUAGAACCUCCAGCAUGGAGAGAGACCUCAGUCAAUCUACAGUCCCCAGAAUUCCCGACUGGAAGAGAUCCCCUACCAGGACAAGGAGUCUCAGUCAGAAUAGAACCCCUAGCAAGACAAGCAGCCACUCCCCAUCAACAUUUCCCAGUGGAGGCCAAACCCUAAGCCAGGAUGACAGUCAAGCCAACGCCACCACCUCUAAGGCCACCUUACCUGGGGAAAGGUCUUCAUCGUCUUCUUCCAAGCUGGCAUAGCCCCCAGUCUCAGCUGGCUCACGGGUCUCUGUCAUGGCCGGGAGAGGGGACAGGAGACAGGAGCAGAGCAGCAGCUGAGCAGCGUCCCUCCCCGGCCAGCUCUCCACAGCCACACCUCGGCCACAAGUUCUCUAAUACAGGAUGUUGGCAGGUAGAGAGGGAUGCUGGAUAGGGGGAAAAGAAAGGCCUGUGAUGAUUCAAUAAAUUUUUACAUAGCACCCAUCCCCA